AUGGAGACCUUAAUAUCAGAACAAGAAGUUACUUUAGAACUUAUUAAAAAAAUCGGAGUAAAUUUCAGAAAAUCCUCUAAGUCAAGAUUGAAAGUUGCUACAAUUCAAGUGAAAGUUGAGACGUUAAAUGAGUAUUGGACGAAAUUCAGAACAACACAUUUUUCUAUAGUGCAAAUAGCUACUUCUGAGAAAAAAUUAAAGCAUAAAUAUUUCGCUAUAGACAUGUUUGGCAUAGGAGAAGAGGAAUAUAUCAACACAAAAUCAGACAUGUUAGAGAAAAUAGAGGAGUUAAGUGAGAAAGCACCUGAGUUAUUAGAGAAAAAUAUAACACAUAACCAAACACAGGAAGUCAAGCUACCAAAAAUUAAUAUACCCCAAUUUUCUGGAAAUUAUCAUGACUGGAGUACAUUUAGAGAUUUGUAUACAUCACUUAUACAUAACAAUCAUUCUUUAUCCAAAGUUCAAAAGCUACAUUAUUUAAAAUCAAGUAUAACCGAUGAGGCAGACCAAUUAUUAAGACAAAUACAAAUCACGGAAAGAAAUUACGAUGUUGCAUGGGAGACUUUAAAUAACAGAUAUAAUAAUCGAAGAAUAAUUGUUCAAACUAUACUAAAUCGACUCUUUAACCAAAGAAAACUAUCCCAAAGUACAGCCAAAGGAAUCAAAGAUUUAUUGGAUACGACAGUCGAAUGUCUUAACAGUUUAAAGAACAAUGAUGUGGAAACCACAAACUGGGACAUCAUAGUAAUCCAUUUGAUAGUCAAUAAGCUAGACGAUGAAUCACAUAAGCAAUGGGAAGAAGAUGUUGGAGAGUUACCUAUAGAUAUCUUACCCACUUUUGAGAAAUUUAUGAAAUUCCUAGAGACAAGAUUUAGAGUCUAUGAGAUGAUGAGUACUACUUCAGUUAAUGUGUCAAGAGAGAGAAACCCUUCAAAAACAAAAUCAUUUAUUACAACUAAUAAUACUCAACAUUGUCCAUUUUGCAGACAAGAUCACCGCUUAUCAGCAUGCACAGAAUUUGCGAAAUUAGACGUGAACAAAAGAAUUGAACAUGUACAAAACGCGAGAUUAUGUUUUAAUUGUCUAUCACCGAGUCACAGUGCGUAUUAUCUGGAGGAGGUAUAA